UAGCGUGGCAAUUUCCUGCUACCAAACGUUGAAUGACACUGACACCCGUUAUCUCCUCCUCCUUCUUUCUCUCUGUCACACACCCCACCGUUCACUGCCUACUUUAUAGCUUUUACUGUGGCUCUGUAAACUGUUAUUUCUUCUCUAAUCAAUGCACCAGACAAGUGUUUGUCGGUGGACUCGAUGAAUUUUUCAGAAUUUCCUUCAUUCAUGUGCUUUUCUGCUUCACAGUUCGUCUUAAAUUGUGCUCUUUCUCAUUCCUCUUAGCUUUUACACUUGAAAGUUUUUCGGUGCAUUCAAGUCUUCCACCCAUUAUUCUCUUCUUUGAUGGCGAUCAUGGUGGGUGACCCAUGAACAGUAUCAACAGCUUCGUCGUAAACUAAUCCAGGUUGUUUGAUCUUGUCUGCUUUCCUGCGUACGAGUGACAUCACAGAGAUCCAUUUCUUGAAGAAAGUUAACCAUGGAAAGCAAGACAUGGCUUUGGAAGAAAAAAUCUUCAGAAAAGACCAUUGUUGCAAAUGACAAAGCCGACCCUUCUUUGAAAGGAAAUGGACAAGAGAAGCACCCAAAUGAGAAAGAAAUUGCUCUGGAAAAAUCAGUGAUGAAUCUAAAUGAGAAGUUGGCUUCUGUCCUCAGUGAGUGUGAUGCCAAAGAUGACCUCGUGGCAAACCAUGCCAGAAUGGCUCAAGAAGUCAUUGCAGGCCGGGAGAAGGCAGAGGCAGAAGUAGUUUGUCUGAAAAAAGAACUAGAUGAAACAUUACAGCAGAGAGUAGCUGCAGAUGAAAGGUUAACUCACUUAAAUGCCGCAUUAAAGGAUUGUAUGCAGGUGUUAAGUUCUGUUAGAGAAGAUCAGGAACAACGAAUCCGUGAUUCUGUAAUGAAGACAUCAGAUGAAUUUGGGAAGGCACAUAAGAAAUUAGAGGAAAAACUAUCUGAAACAUGUAAAAGGCUUGCAAACUUGACUGUUGAGAAUUCUCGUCUCAGUAUGGCCCUUCUAGGGAAAGAGAAAUUGGUUGAGGAUCUUAGUAGGUGCAAGUCUCAGGUAGAAGCAGAAUUCAAUACACUAAUGGCCAGGCUGGAUUCUACAGAAAAAGAAAAUGCCUUUUUGAAAUAUGAAUUUCGCAUGCUUGAGAAGGAGCUUGAGAUUCGAAAUGAGGAGAUACAAUUUAGCCGUCGCUCUGCUGAUGCAUCACACAAACACCACUUGGAUAGUGUAAAGAAGAUCUCAAGGUUAGAAGCAGAAUGUCAAAGAUUGCGUGUCCUAGUGCGAAAGCGGUUGCCUGGUCCAGCUGCGUUGGCGAAGAUGAAGAGUGAAGUUGAAAUACAGGGAAGAAGUCAAAUAGAGAUGGGAAGGAGAAAGUUGAAUCCCAUGACCGGAGGUGUGAGAGACUCUACCACAGAAGGCUCUCUUGAAAUUCCCAGUAAGAAGAUUAGUUUGUUGAUCGAGCAGUUAUGUAAUAUAGAAGACGAAAACAAAAUUCUCAAAGAAAUUUUAGCCAAGAAAGAUAAUGAACUUUGUUCUUUGACAACUGUAUGUGCUAGAAAAACCUCCAAAUUGUCCCAGGUUGAAGCUCAGCUUGCAGAGCUUUCAAAAGUUCAGAAAUCUAUGCAAUUGCAGCCAGCUUUGUCUGACACACUGUCAAAUGAACUCUCUCUCGCCAGUUAUGAUGUAGGCAAUGAUGAUGAAACUUAUCAUUCAGGAUCAGUGGCUUCUGCUCUGAUUUCAGAGCUAGAGUAUUUCAGACAACGAAACCCCAGAAAUACAUCUGCAUCUGAAUGCAAAAUGAUUGGAGUUUCAGACAUGAGCCUAAUGGAUGAUUUCGCAGAAAUGGAGAAGUUAGCAAUAGUCGCUGUUGAUGCCUCCCUAGGAAAUUCGUAUGCUUCUUCAGAUGCGAGUUACAGGUUAUCAGAUUCCUUGACAAAGGAGGCAUAUAAGCAUCAUUUGUAUUUGUCUUGUAAGGAACUAGUUCCAGUGGUACAAGGGGAUCCCAAUGACGGGCAACAAGAACUCCAAACAAGAGAUGUAUCAUCUGGAAAAUCCUGUGAUUGGCUUCAGGAUGUCUUGAAGGUGAUCUUGGAGCAAAAUCGUUUUUCAAAAAGAAGUGUUGAAGAACUUCUCGAGGACAUUAGAUUAGCUUUGCAAUAUUUGAAUCACCGAGGUGCAAGUGAAGCUUAUAGAGCAGGGAUUUCAAAGCAUCCAGAGCGAUCUGAGGCGCUUCCAAUAAGCGGUUAUAUUACUUGGAAAUCUCCAAAUGCAUCUCCUAGAGUGGGUUCAAUUAAAAAAACUCCUGAUAUUGGCACCACGAUGCAAGAAACGCACAGUGAAUAUGUCCAAUCCAAUCUGAGUAGGUCAAUCUGUAGAAUGAUUGAGCUUAUCAGAAGGAUAGAUUCAACAUGCUCAACGAACUGUACUGUGCCAGAUAGUUCAGGUAUAAGUCAGAGAACCUUACCACAGUUGCAGUCCACAAUACCGUCAGACUACUUGGUUCAUGUUUUCCAAUGGAAAAGUUGUGAACUAAGAACUGUUCUAAGACAAUUUGUUAAUACUUGUACUGACUUGUUGCAUGGGAAGGUCGACUUUGAGAAGUUUGCUGAGGAGUUGGCAUCUACAUUGUACUGGAUUGUGAACAAAUGCAUUGCCUUUCAAGAUGCUUCAAGUCUUAGAGAGAAAACCAAGGAGCAUUUUGGUGAUGAUGAAUCAGCAUGUGCAAGUGAGUCUGGAUCUGUGGGCAAUUGCACGUUUUCACCAUCAAUUGUAGUUCACAAGUCUGAGGAGCAGUCAUCGUUUUCCCCCUCCAUUACUACUUCAAAUAUGCAAAAUCUUAUGUUCAGAAUGGAGAAGAUUCGCUCUAAUCUGCAAGAAGAGAAUGAAGGAUUGAAAGAAGAGUUGAAUAAUAUGAAAUCCUCACAAAAAGAAUUGGAGGCGAUGCUGCAGUCGGCAAACAAUAAGGAAAAGGCCUUGACAAAUCAACUUCGUGAAUCAGAACAAAGCAUUGGAAAUCUACAAACUGAAGUGGAUACUAUGAAAGAAUCCAAAAGAAUGAUUGAGGAUCAAUUUGAAAAUCAGAAGUUGAUAAAUGAAGAUCUCGAUACCCAGCUGAAUGUUGCUAAAGCUAAAUUAAAUGAAGUUCUUCUGAAGUUAUCUGCUCUUGAAGUAGAAUUAGACGAUAAAAGUCACUGCUGUGAAGACUUGGAAGGGACCUGCCUUGAGCUUCAACUCCAACUUGAAAGUAUUACCAACAAGGACAUUCCAGAAGAUGACAUAGAUCAAGAGGAGAAGCUACUCCAAACUGGCUGGGAGAUUUCAGCUGCUUCUGCAAAGUUGGCUGAGUGCCAAGAAACCAUAUUCAACCUGGGGAAACAGUUAAAAGCGUUGGCUUCACCGAAGGAAGCAGCAAUUUUUGACAAGGUUUUCUCUAACACCAGCGCCAACAAUAAGAAGUUGAUCCAGCGCUCAUCCCUUCGUGAUAGAAUGCUGGCCGAGGAUGGCGAUGAACCAGUGGAUUUGAAUUCCCCGAAGACAAAAGAAAUUAUUAGCACUGCAGAAACAAAAACACCGACCAUCAUUCGUGCUCCUAAUUUCCAGGUAGCGCCUCCAGAAGGAUAUCUUGCUUUGAAGCCUGAAUUCAGAACUGUUGCAGUUGGAGCUCCUCUUGCAAUUGUACCAAGUAAGAAACGGGGAGGACGGUUUGGUUUGCUAAGGAAGCUAAUGCUUAAAAGGAAAAGAGGGAAGACGUCGGUUUCUUUUGCCACUUAAGGCGUCGAUGAAGCAAGAAAAAGAAACAGCAUUACUUAAUGUUUGCUAAUCGAUGAUUAUGGCAUUCCUUGUUUUGCCAAUGCUGCUUGUCAAUAGGUAAGUAUGCAUGUCUUGUUUAUACCUCAUUUGCAGAGAGUGGAUUGUAUGAUGUUCUUGAUGUAUAUUUUUCUGUACACUUUUGGGGGACUAUAAUAGCAAUAAUAAUCGAA